UUCCUGCUCAGGCUCAUCAGUUGCUGCUUCAGUUUCACUCGCUGCUAUCGGUGCUCGUUUCAUUAUCAUGGCAUUCAAGCUCUGCAUCCUUCUCGCCGUGGCGGCAGUCGCCAAAGCCGGAGUAGUUCCGGUAGCUCCAGCGGGUCCGGUCCUGGCAAAGAUCGAGGACUUCGACCCGGCUCCCCAGUACAGCUUCGCCUACGACGUCCAAGACUCUCUGACCGGUGAUUCCAAGGCGCAGUACGAGACGCGAAACGGAGACGUCGUCCAGGGCAGCUACUCCCUCGUCGAGCCCGACGGCACUCGUCGCAUCGUCGAAUACACCGCCGACCCCGUUAACGGCUUCAACGCCGUCGUCAACCGGGAACCAGCCGUCGCCGUCGCUCCCGUCGUCGCCAAGGCUGCUCCAGUCGUAGCCUCCGCCCCCGUUGUCGCCAGGACGGCUCCAUUACUUGCUGCCCCCGUGGCUUACACCAUCCCCAGAGCCGUGGCCGCGAGACUCAACGUUCCAGUCGGUGCACCAGUCGUAGUGUAACGUCAACGGGUUUCAUUUAUUGUCGACGCUAUUGAUGUGCCCAAUUGUUUUGUAAAUAUCACACAUGAAAUACCGAAUUUGUAAAAAUUUUCAGUCACAGUAAAACCGUUCAUUCCCAAUUAAA